AUGGGGACGUGCAGUAACGUUAACACAGUGUCCGGGCGCCCCGCAGUCCUCUCGGGAUCGCAGGGAACCUGGGCCGGGGGAGCCGCCGAGGUGCGCGCGCGACAGCGGGGUGCAGCCCGGCACCCCGGACAGAAGUUGGAGGGACUGGCCAAGCACCGGACAGUUCGGGAAGCGCCGACCUCAUGCGUCUGCCCACCAGGCCCUCCCGGACGGCGUGGCAAGGCUGGAAGAAGAGGCGACCCCGGUCCUCCCGGGCAAUCAGGACGAGAUGGCUACCCGGGGCCGCUGGGUCUGGAUGGCAAGCCCGGACUUCCAGGCCCCAAAGGGGAAAAGGGUGCCCCAGGAGACCUCGGCCCUCGGGGAGACCAAGGGCGAGAUGGAGCUGCGGGGCCUCCGGGACCCCCUGGACCCCCUGGGGCCCGGGGCCCUCCUGGCGACACUGGGAAAGAUGGCCCCAGGGGGGCACAAGGCCCAGCGGGUCCCAAAGGAGAGGCUGGACGAGACGGCGAGAUGGGCCUGAAGGGACCCCCGGGCCCCAAGGGGGAUGACGGGACGCCAAGCCAGCCAGGGCUCCCUGGACCCCCAGGCCCCAAGGGCGAGCCAGGGAACGUGGGGCCUCGAGGAGAAAAUGGUGUGGACGGCGCCCCAGGGCCAAAGGGAGAGCCUGGCCAGCGAGGUGCGGAUGGAGCCUCGGGACUGCGGGGUCCCCAGGGCCUCAAGGGCGAGCAAGGAGACACAGUGGUGAUUGACUACGACGGCAGGAUCCUGGAUGCCCUCAGGGGUCCUCCCGGGCCACAGGGGCCCCCAGGGCCACCAGGGAUCCCCGGAGCCAAGGGCGAGCUGGGAUUGCCUGGUGCCCCAGGAAUCGAUGGAGAGAAGGGUCCCAAAGGAGCUAAAGGAGACCCAGGAGAGGCUGGGCCGACAGGACCCAAAGGGGAGGCAGGCGAGAUGGGCCUGUCGGGCCUCCCGGGCACCGAUGGCCCCAAGGGGGAGAAGGGAGAGUCGGCAUCUGACAGCCUACGGGAGAGCCUGGCCCAGAUCAUAGUGGCGCCGGGGCCCCCCGGCCCCCCUGGUCCCCCAGGCCCCAUGGGCCUUCAGGGAAUCCAGGGUCCCAAGGGCUUGGACGGAGCAAAGGGAGAGAAGGGUGUGUCGGGUGAGAGAGGCCCCAGCGGCCCACCUGGGCCAGCUGGCCCGCCAGGCCUCAUCGGGCUGCCAGGAACCAAAGGAGAGAAGGGAAGACCCGGGGAGCCAGGACUAGACGGGUUCCCUGGACCCCGAGGAGAGAAAGGUGACCGGAGCGAACGUGGAGAGAAGGGGGAGCGAGGUGUCCCAGGCCGGAAAGGUGUGAAGGGCCAGAAGGGCGAGCCGGGACCGCCGGGCUUGGACCAGCCAUGUCCUGUGGGCCCCGAUGGGCUGCCCGUGCCGGGCUGCUGGCAUCAGUGACCCCCACACCCAGCUCACAGCCUGUACAGAUGCGUGUGGACAUUUUUAAUUUUUGUAAAAAAAACAAAAACAAAAAACAGUAAUAUAUUGAUCUUUUUUCAUGGGCUGCAUCACCUGUGGCCUUAUAACAUUCAAGAGGGUGCCUGGUCCAGCCCCAGAACGAUCAGCAUUUGAAGCUGGCAGGACAGCGGCCAGGCCAGUCCAGGGGAACUAUGUCCUCGAGAGGCAGCCUGGGACUUGGCUUUCCCGGGAAGGAGACGAGGGUGAAAGCACCUGGCUCAGGAGAGGCUGCAAAGAUGCUGGCUUGGGCCCUCAGCCACCUGAAUAGCAGAGAGACUGCCCCCCAAAGCUCCGGAGCCCUGGGGCCCGCUCCAUCCAGAAAGGCCCAGGGCUGAGACAGUAAAUGCAGCUGUCCCAGCCUCUCUGGCCUCUGGACUCAGCCACACCCCUCGGGGCCCCUCUUGCUCCCGGGUUCUCCAGGGCAGGACAAGAUUCCCGCCCCGUGCUUGCAGCUGGAUGCUGGGAGCUGUGGGGAGCACCCCCAGCGGGUCUAGCUCCCACCGAGUUCAGGAGGCCCCAGGAGCCCAGCCUGCCAUGAGAACGUGCGUCCUCUGGCCCAGAAGAGAGGCCUAAGCACCAUGACCACCUCCCGUGGACCCAGCUAUGAAGAAGCCUCACAAUCCCCAGGUGCGGAGGACGGUGGGGCCCAGACGGGAGUGGCUGCUGCUUCCCAUGGGUCUCACAGCACCCAGAAGAGGGUCAUGAUGGGACUUUGCCAGCCCAAGGAGACUGGCCUGCAGCUCAGAGUUUGGGUCUCACUGGCCCCAACCCUUCCACCUGAGAGGACUCUGGCCAGCCUGCCAAACCUGGUCCUUCGGAUGAGCUGUGCAGACGAAGAGGGCCCAGUGCCCUGAGGGGAGAGGCUUCCCCACCUCUGACAAGGGUCCCCAGCUGCCACCUCCAGCCUAGCGGCUUGCCUCCCUUCUCUGUAUAGAUGGAUAUCGCUGCGUGUAAUAAACCCCAAUGUGUG